AUGCCGGGCGUCGUCGAAAUGCCCGCCGCGGCGGACCCGUUGGAGCUGGGAUACAGUGUCGGACACCAGAAGGUCGAGCUGGAAAUCGACUUCGUCAGCAAGAGCUUGAAGGGACGGACGGAAAUUACGAUUCACCCCCACUAUAAAACCUUGAAAGAUAUCCGUUUAGGCUUCCGACAGGGCGAGAUCAAGCGAGUGAAUGUCAACGGAAAAGUCGCGACGACGAGUUAUACGGACCCUUACGACAGUCUUCAUCUAUACGGAGCACACUAUUACGAGAAACUCACCGCACAUAUCGACAAAAAUCUCCUCACAACCCCCCCGAAGCCCGAGCUAUCGAUCGCGAUCCCGAAGAACGUGCGGAUUGACGAGUUGGAUCCUUUCUCGGCGGAGGCUCAGGAACAGAUUGCGCUUCAGGGCGCCGGUGGUGAUGUCGAUGGACCGGCUAGUAUCAAGACAGAGGCCAAUCUGCCACAGUUUACAGCUGUGACGGUCAGCAUCGAAUUCACGAUUGAUCGGAUCCGAGAUGGACUGCAGUUCGUAGGGGUCGACACCGGAGACCGUCGAUACCCCCAUGCCUAUACCACGAACUCGCUGGAGUCUAGUGUUGGGUGCCCUCUAUUCCCCUGUGUGGACAACCCGUCAUCGCGCAACACUUGGGAAAUCUCAGUCUCAUGUCCUGCAUCUUUGGGAGACGUUUUCAACCGCAAGGGACGCGACCAUGGCUCUACCACUCCUUCACGAUCGCGAGCUCAGAAUCGAUACGUUUCCUCAGACGAUGAGGGGCUGGACAUGUCUGUGGUGUGCUCCGGUGAGCUGACAGAUGAUAUCACGGAUCCCAAGGACCCGACUCAGAAGACGGUCUCCUUUGCGGCCUACUCGCCCCUCUCCGCUCAACAGAUCGGAUUCGCCGUCGGCCCAUUCGAAUAUGUGAAUCUGGCAGACUUCCGUGAAAGUGAUCAGGAUGAACAACUCGGACAAAAUGCUAUCCCUUUGCACGCAUUUUGUCUUCCAGGGCGAGGUGAUGAGGUUCAAAAUACCGCUUUUCCUAUGGCGCAAGCCAUCGACUUCUUUUCUUUGAACUAUGGGUCCUACCCGUUCUCCAGUUACAAGAUCUGCUUUGUCGAUGACGUCGUAGCCGAUACGUUACCUACAGCAUGCAUGGCCAUCUGCAGUAGCCAUCUUCUCUUCCCGGCUGAGAUUAUCGACCCCAUGUACGACUCCACCCGGGCCCUCGUGCAGGCUCUCGCCUGCCAGUGGUCAGGAAUCAACAUUAUUCCCUUCGAGCCUGCGGACAGCUGGGUUACUAUCGGUGUGGCAUGGUACAUCACAGAUACUUUCAUGAAAAAGCUUUGCGGUACCAAUGAAUAUCGAUAUCGACUCAAGCAGAUGUCUGACAGGAUCUGCGAGCUGGAUUACGAACGUCCCUCUAUCUACGACAUGGGCAACUUUUUGAAGAUUGAUCCUUCAGAGUAUCGGUUCAUUGCGCUGAAGGCACCCCUGGUCCUUUUUAUCCUUGACCGUCGCUUGACAAAGGCCAGUGGAAAAGCUACCAUGUCCCGAAUCAUUUCUCGGUUGUUCUUGAACUCGCGCAUGGGCGACAUCCCUAAUGGAGCCGUCACCUCCUUAUUAUUCCAGAAGACGUGCGAGCGGCUCGGCCAUGCCAAGCUCGAUGUUUUCUUCGGGCAGUGGGUCUAUAACGCUGGAUGCCCCCGUUUCCAUGCCACGCAGCGAUUCAACAAGAAAAAACUUGUGGUUGAAAUGAUGAUCCAACAAAUGCAGUCCAAUCAGCCAGCCGCUCGUGAUCUUGGAAAAGACGCAUUCUUGCGAGAUCUAAAGGAAGAGGUUCGACAUGUCUACGCUGGUACUAUUCAGCCCGUCUUUACUGGCUCUAUGACACUUCGUAUCCAUGAGGCCGACGGCACCCCGUAUGAACACAUUGUUGAGAUCAAAGAAGGUACAACGAAGUUCGACAUCCCUUACAACACAAAAUACAAGCGAUUGAAGCGUAACAAGAAACAAAGAGAACGCGCUGUCGCGUCUGGUGAAGCCGAUGCCCAGGAAGAAGUCCUUCUCUACUGUCUCGGAGAUGUCCUUCAGACAGAGGAAGAGACCGCUCAGUGGCGCUUAGCCGACUGGACCAAGGAAGAUGAAGAACGAAUGGGACAGGAAUCCUACGAGUGGAUUCGUAUGGAUGCUGAUUUCGAAUGGAUUUGCAAACUCUCCCUCGGAAUGCCUGGAUACAUGUAUCUCUCGCAGCUCCAACAAGAUCGAGAUGUCGUUGCUCAGCUGGAGUCCCUUCAGUACAUGGCGGCGCAGCGCGAACAUCCUCUGAUCUCAACCAUCUUUGUCCGUACUCUCAUGGAUAGUCGAUAUUUCCACGGAAUACGAGUGACUGCGGCAGAAGCGUUAAUCAAACACGCCAAAGACGAAGUUGAUUGGAUCGGCCUUUUCCAUCUGGAAAAGACCUUUCAAGAGCUUUUCUGUCUCCCAGACUCACCAAUGACCAGAUCCAAUGAUUUCUCGGAUCGCGCGGCCUAUCUCCUGCAGCAGGUCAUCCCGGACUGCAUCUCGAAGGUGCGGGAUAAUAGUGGCAAGACACCCCUUAGGGUGAAACGGUUUUUGUUCGAUAAACUCAAGUUCAACGACAACUCUAAUAAUGAGUACUCGGACAAUUACUACGUCGCUUCCCUGAUGCGCUCACUUUGCCACGCGAUGCUCGGCAGAACAGAACCCCGACUCGAAGAUGAAAUGACGAAUUUCGACAUGGAGCGCGUUCUCGAGAACCAAGCCGAAGAGCAACUCGAAAAGGACGCCUUGGCCGAGUUCGAUCGAUAUAGGAGAAUGGACGAAUGGUCCGGCUCGUUCCAGAACAUUUACUCGCGAGCCGCAUUGUACUGCCAAAUGCAAAUGAUGCAGGCCAAGGUACAAGAGCUGGACAUCAUGCUCUUCGUCCCCUACACCCGCUCUGGAACUUAUGACCUGCUUCGUGUGAGGGCAUUUGAAUGUCUUGUGGAGCUUGAUAUCUCCCAAAACCCCGAGCUCUUCCGCUGGCUCAUCUUCACUAUGACCAGUGAUACAUCGGCUUACGUUCGUCAUCAUUGCCAGCGGCUGUUUGGCCAAGCUUUGGCGCAGAUCGCAUUUGGACGCCCUGAGCAAACGGAGCCGGCUCAAACGGGCGGGUUGAUCAUCGAGCAGGAGUCUUCAACGGAAUUUCGACAAGCUGAUCUUGCUCGUCGUCAAACGGUUCCCGGUGCCAUUGAAGCUUUGAAGAAGGAGCUCGCGAGUGAUCCAUCUAUCAAAGAUUACAUGUGGUCCGCAUGUAACUCGAUGCAAAUCGGAGCCCUCGAGUUGGCUGAGCUACUGGAUGUUUGCCGAGUCUUAUUCGACCCUGUCACCUCGAAGCGCAUAACACUGCGUCUCGGGCGCCACUGGCGAGUCAAGAACCUCGGACAUGGCAAGCUUCACUUCACCCGCACAGGAUCCUUCCGGGGCAGUCUCAAUCCCAAACGGAAGCGCGAGGAGGCUGGAAUGGGGCCUCCGCGUCUCGUCUUCAAGCAGUCGAAGACUGGCACUUCAAGCACGCCCUCAUCUGCCAGCCUCCCCAAGUUGCACAUUCCAAAAGUAUCCGCGACACCAACACCUGGCACGCCUACGGCCUCGACACCAGCCACGCCAGCCAGCGGCGGCGGCUUGAAACUCAAGCUCAAGUUCGGGCAGAAAAAAUAA